GCUGUAUAAAGUUUAGCCCAAUAAACAUUUUAAUAGAGAAUUGAGUGCUCUAGACAAAAUAUCUUAUGUUUUUUAAUAAACAUUACACAAUACGGAGGGUAGGGGUCUGGUUGUGAAGUUACAUUGGGGGUGGGGAUUUGCGCUGAUGUGACUAUUUGUGACAAGGUGUGUGGGGGUAAAAAAUCCCCUAAAAAGCGUUACAUUCUUUAUAAGUGAUCCCUUAGGUUGGGUGGUCAUGCCUUUUUUCAACUCUGCUUUAAAGUUAUUAUUGAUACCAUAACAAAAACAACUUAUAAUUAAAAUUUGUUUAGCAAUAAUAAAACAAGUAAUAAAAUAAACUUACUUGCUUGCAAAUUUAACCAUCUGUUUUGAAAUAGUUUCUGAUACAUUGGUCAAAACUUGCACAGUAAAUUCCUUCUCUCUUAACACAAUAAAGCAUUGCUUUCCCCUGGCUCUAACUGCAUGAAGCCUUGCUCUAACCCAAACUACAUUUCCAGCAAUGGUUUUAUUCAAAUCCUUAACAUAUGUAAAUGUUCUCUGAAUUGCUUUGGUAUCGGACCUGAUAAGUGGGAGUUGACCAUAUUUUCCAACAGAUACAUCAGCUAAAUAUAGUUAUUUAAUAAAUACUAUUUAACACAUCUGGAAUUUAUUACCUUCUUCAACAUUACUGGCUUGACUUUGCAAGUUUGUUCCCUUAUGUUCGGCCUUUUUGGCAGCUUUUUCAGCCUUUUUCGCCUCUUUUUUCGCUGCCUUUUUGCUAUCUUGCUUCUCAGCACCUUCUGCAGGUUUAUUUUCAACCAUUUUUCUAAAAAUACAUUCGCCCUUGUAUCUCUUUAUAAUACAGAUAAAAAUAUAAUCAUAAAUAACACAUACACUUUAACGCUUAUCUACUUACAAAUUAUACAACUAAAACGCAGAUGAAUAUGAAAACAGUGCGGAUAAAAUGAUAGGUUAGGUUUAGUGACAGUCGAUGACAUUUAAUUUUAUAUUGGCAAUUCUUAUUUUCCAGUGGUUUGAAACCACUGGUUUCCCCCAAGUCAACUUUGAAGUUAGGUACAAAAUCACUGUUGUGCGUGUGACGAGAAAAUAUUGCCAUUUUUUAAUAUUUCAGAUUGGUUUGGAAAUAUUGUUUUAUAAAGCAAAGUAAAAAGUGCAGGAAAACUAUUAUCGGAUUAAGUUUUAAGGCAUCUUUUUUCCAAAAUGGAGAUUGAAACAGAAGGUUCUGAAUUAAAUAAAUCGAAAAACUCAGAUUCCAUCAGAUCUCGUUCACCAUCAGUGGAAUCUAAUAAGUCACAAUCAAGAUCAAAUUCUCCACAUAUUGAAGAAAAUGGUACUCGAAAGUCAAGGUCCAGAUCAAGAAGUGGGUCCAGACCACCUAGUUCAGCUAGUAAGUCUGGAUCAAGAUCUAGAUCCAGAAGUGGAUCCAGACCUCAGAGUCCUGGGUCACCCCCUGGUUCACCUCCUAGAUCCAGGUCAGGAUCUGCCAAUUCUAAAGCAUCUAAUGUUAAGGGGGGUUCAAGAUCCAGAUCCAGAAGUAUUUCAGGUUCAAGAAAAGGUUCAAAAUCUAGGUCUAGAUCAAGAUCCCCAAUAGAAAAAGCUGGAUCACAAAGGGGCUCAAGAUCUCGUUCAAAGUCUGGUUCUAUAAAAGUAUCAAGAUCGAGAUCAAGGUCGCGUUCUGGAUCUCAAGCCAGAGCAGCUUCUGGUUCUCACAAAGGCUCAAGAUCCAGAUCAAGGUCAGGUUCAAGAAGGUCCAGAUCAGGUUCCAGAAAGAGCAGAAGUGGUUCAAGGGCAUCUAAUCGAACAAAAUCAGGAGGAUCUAGAAGAUCUAGAUCUGGAUCUGCUCAUUCUAAUAAAUCAGGUUCUCGCAAGGGUUCCAGGUCGCGCUCCGGUUCUAAAGCAAGAGCAGCGUCAGGCUCUCGUAAAGGCUCCAGAUCUAGAUCAGGUUCUAGAAGAUCGAGAUCUGGAUCACGAAGAUCAAGAUCUGGCUCUAAAAGAAGCCGAUCAGGCUCUAGAAGAUCAAGAUCCGGUUCCAGACGAUCUAGAUCGGGUUCUCAAAGAUCGCGCUCCGGUUCUAGAAGAUCAAGAUCAGGAUCUAAGAGAUCCAGAUCAGGUUCAAAAAGAUCAAGAUCCGGUUCAGCUCGUUCAAGAUCUGGUUCAAGGAGAUCGAGAUCAGGUUCCAGAAGAUCAAGAUCAGGUUCCAGACGAUCACGAUCAGGAUCAAGAAGAUCUAGAUCAGGUUCAGCGCGUUCAAGAUCCGGUUCGAGAAGAUCUCGUUCAGGUUCGAGACGUUCAAGGUCCGGUUCUAGAAGAUCGAGGUCCGGCUCUAGAAGAUCGAGAUCUGGCUCAAGAAGAUCGAGAUCAGGCUCGAGAAGGUCGAGGUCAGGCUCAAGAAGAUCGCGAUCAGGCUCGAGAAGAUCGAGAUCAGGCUCGAGAAGAUCGAGAUCAGGCUCGAGAAGAUCGAGAUCAGGCUCGAGAAGAUCGAGGUCCGGAUCGAGGCGUUCCAGAUCCGGUUCUAGAAGGUCCAGAUCAGGUUCGGCGAGAUCUAGAUCAGGAUCUAGGUCCGGUUCAGAAAUUGGUGUUGGAAGAAAACGUCGACUUUUAUCGGAUUCUGAAGAUGAAGGACAAAGUGCUUCAAAAAAAAUUAUCAGAGAUGAAGAUGAAGAAGGAGGUCCAUCCACUGCUCCUGAUGGUGAACCAGCAGUGGAAGUGAAUCCUGUAACUGCAGAUGCGUCCGAUGAUUCCGAUGAUGGAAUUACAGCUGAAAAUGUUGACAACAUGGAUUCAGGUAUGUCCGAUUUCGACACCAUGUUGGCCAGAAAACGCGAAGAACAAUCUAAAAGGCGUAAACGUAAAGACAUAGACAUAAUAAACGAUAAUGACGAUAUUAUUGCCGGACUGCUAUCCGACAUGCGAAACGCGGCCGAAGAAGACAGAAGACUGAACUCGCAGAAAAAACCGGCAACCAAAAAGAUGUCGAUGCUGAAGAAAGUUAUGUCGCAGCUAAAGAAGCACGAUCUUCAAUUAGCCUUCAUUGAACACAACGUUUUAAACGUACUGACUGAUUGGUUAGCGCCCAUGCCUGACAGAUCCAUGCCUUCUUUGCAAGUAAGGCAGCAAGUUUUACUGCUGCUAACGGAAUUUCCUAGAGUGGAUCAUUCCACUUUAAAACAAUCUGGUAUUGGCAAGGCUGUGAUGUAUUUGUAUAAGCAUCCUAAAGAGACUAAGGAGAACAAGGAAAAAGCUGGAAGACUUAUUAGUGAAUGGGCAAGACCCAUCUUCAAUCUAUCCACUGACUUCAAAGCUCUUAGUAGAGAAGAAAGAGUGCAAAGAGAUUUGGAGAUGCAAGCGCCCAAGAGAAGAAGAGAUGAUGGGGGAAGUAGUAGCAGUAGUAGAAAUCAAGAAAAUAAGGAACUUAAUAAAGCUUUAAAUGCAGAUGGAAAACCAUUGAGGCCAGGAGAUAAAGGUUGGGUUGCCAGAGCUAGAGUACCAAUUCCAUCCAAUAAAGACUAUUUAGUUAGACCGAAAUGGCAAUCAGAAGUAGAUAUAAGUCAACAAACCAAGAAAGGUUUGAAUAGAUUUGAAAAACAUUAUAAGAAUUUCUUGGAUGGAAAGCGUUUGAAGCAGACUAGAAGAGCAGUUGAAAUCUCUAUAGAAGGAAGAAAUAUGGCGCUAUAAAAUAUUACUGUAAACCUAGUUUUUGUAAUUAAGAUAGAUGAAAUGUACAUUUAAUGUUAAAAUGUAUUUAACUAAUUAACAUGGAAUUUUAAAUUUGUUUUUACCAGUGUGUAGAAUACAUCCUGUUUUUAUUUAUAUAUUUGUAUGAUGAUAAGAAUAAUUAUUAAACAUUCUUAAAAAUAUGAA